UAUGAACUUGGCCUCUUCUGUUGGUCUCUCUACGAAGCCUAGCCUUCCCCGUUUGCACUCUCUGUUAAACUCCUACAUUGAAAGCAGAAAUCGAAAGCAAGCACUGCUUCUCUUUCGCCAGUUGUUGGAGUACAAUGUGAAGCCCAAUGACCUCACUUUCUCUUUGCUCCUGAAAGCCUGUACUUCGUCGUCUUCUUCUUCCUCCUCCUCAGCUUUAAAUUCCGUGAAUGUUAACAGAGAAGCAAAUCAGAUUCAUACCCAUUUGCUAAAAUCGGGUGUUGACCGAUUCAUGUAUGUGAGUACUGCUCUUCUUGAUCUCUACAUGAAACUGGGAUGUGUUAGAAAUGCUCAUAGGCUGUUUGAUGAUAUGCCUGACAGAGACGUUGUCUCUUGGAAUGCGUUGAUUUGUGGGUUUUCGCGAAAUGGGUGUGAUUUUGAAGCGUUGAAACUCUUUGUUCAAAUGUGUAAAGAGGGAUUUUUUCCUCAUCAGACGACUUUGGUUAGUUUGGUUCCAUCUUGCGGUAGGCAAGAGUUAGUUUCUCAAGGGAAAUCUAUUCAUGGGUUUGGAAUUAAGGCGGGCCUUGAUUCUGAUUCUCAUGUGAAGAAUUCUCUUACCUCAAUGUAUGCUAAAUGUGCAGAUUUGGAGGCUGCAGAGCACUUGUUUGAGGAGAUAGUUGAGAAGAGUGUAGUUUCUUGGAAUACUAUGAUUGGUGCUUAUGGACAAAAUGGCUUCUUUGAUGAGGCAAUGCUUGCCUUUAAACGAAUGCAAGAGGAAAGUGUUCCAGCCAAUCUGGUGACCAUGGUAAGCCUUCUGUCAGCAAAUGCCGAUCCAGAGUCUACCCAUUGUCAUGCCACUAAAACUGGUCUUGUCAAUGAUGCUUCUGUUAUUACUUCAUUAAUUUGCCAAUAUGCAACACACGGGAACACAGAAUCUGGCGAACUUCUUUACAAGUCCUUGCCUCAGAAGAACUUGGUUUCCCUAACUGCACUUAUGUCAAGCUAUACUGAGAAAGGUAACCUGUUUCAGGUGAUGUCGUGUUUUGCUCACUUGCAGCGGUUAGAAAUGAAGCUUGACGCAGUUGCUAUGGUUUGCAUCCUCCAUGGGAUGAAAGAUCCCAUGGACUUUGGUCUUGGACUUGCUUUUCAUGCUUAUGGGCUAAAGAGUGGGUUGAGUGCUGAUUCUUUGGUUGCAAAUGGGUUGAUAAGCCUGUACUCGAGGUUUGACAAGAUAGAAACUGCUUUCUCUUUACUUUCUGAGAUACAUGGGAAAACAUUGAUUAGUUGGAAUUCUUUGAUAUCGGGCUGUGUACAAGCUGGAAGGCCAAGUGAUGCGCUAGAGGUUUUUUUCCAAAUGAAAAUGUCUGGACACAGUCCAGAUGCCAUUACCAUCUCUAGCUUACUAUCUGGUUGUUGCCAGCUUGGGUACUUGCAAUUUGGGGGGAGGCUUCAUAACUAUGUCCUAAGAAACAAUCUCGAAGUGGAAGAUUUUGUUGGAACUGCUCUUAUAGACAUGUACAUCAAGUGUGGAAGAAUAGAGCAUGCUGAAAGGGUGUUUAAGAGCAUCAAAGAACCGUGCUUGGCAACAUGGAACUCAAUGAUCUCGGGUUAUAGCUUAUAUGGGUUAGAACAUGAAGCUCUUGCUUGCUUCUCAGAAAUGCAAAAGCAGGGGAUAAAGCCUGAUAAAAUAACUUUUUUGGGAGUUUUAGCUGCUUGUACUCAUGGAGGUCUUGUUCAGGAGGGAAGAAAACAUUUCCAAAUCAUGAGGGAACAGUUCAACGUGGUGCCAGAUUUGCAACACUAUGCUUGCAUGGUUGGUCUCUUUGGUCGUGCAGGCUUGUUCGAGGAGGCAUUAAUGUUCAUCAGAAAUAUGGAAAUGGAGCCCGAUUUCGCAGUUUGGGCAACCUUGCUGAGUGCGUGUUGCAUCCAUCAAGAGGUGAAGCUUGGGGAAUAUGUUGCCAAAAAGUUGUUUUUCUUGGACAGUAACAAUGGUGGGUUCUUUGUGUUGAUGUCAAAUCUUUAUGCGGUUAAAGGAAUGUGGGAUGAAGUAGCUAGGGUGAGGGAGAUGAUGAGAGAAACUGGAGGGGAUGGCUGUUCAGGAAUUAGUGUUAUUGAGAUGACUUCAUUGGAAGACAUGAAUGUAAACUUAAGCUCGAGCAAGUCUAGUUUGAAUGCAAAUGCUUGGCAACCUCUACUCUCUCUAUAUUAAUCG